CCGGGCUUUUCCGACAGCGGGAGUGCUGUCGCUUUUAUUUUAGGCAUGUGUUAACAACCUUACCGUUUAUAAUAUGUUUGAAAUGGAGGAGCGGGGUAAAUCUGAGACAGUAUGUCUGCAGCAAGUGACUGAGUCGGACUCACUUGAUCCUAACAAAAGUGGCUCCAAUAAUGAUGAUUAUGAUCCGCAUCUCCAUCGUCAGGUUCCCAAAGCGACAAAUAACAUGGAAACUCUGGUGCAUCUCUUGAAAUGCAGCUUAGGAACAGGCAUCCUGGCGAUGCCGCAGGCGUUUGCUAGAGCCGGCCUUGUCACUGCCAUUAUAGCAACGGUGUUGGUGGGAGCUCUCGUCACCCACUGCUUACACGUUCUCGUGCGAUCACAAUAUGCUGCUUGCAAAAUGCGUCGGGUACCUCUCCUGACGUAUCCGGAGUCGAUGAGCGCCUCGUUGUCGGCAGGGCCUCCGUCGCUUCGCGGUCUCGCCCGCCCUUCAGCGAUCACAGUGGAUGUUUUUCUGGUCGUCUAUCAGUUGGGCAUUUGCUGUGUUUACAUUGUGUUCAUUGCUGACAAUAUUAAAAAGAUCGUGGACCCACACUAUGUUAUGAGCAUCGAGGUCCACAUGGCGAUCAUAUUAAUACCAUUGCUGGCGUUCAACCUCAUCCCCAGUUUGAAACUGCUCGCUCCAUUCUCUGCCCUGGCCAAUGUGUUAACCUUCAUAGGUCUGGGCAUUGUUGUCUAUUAUUUGGUCUCUGGCAAGAAAUCCAAUGAGCCGUUGGACUUGUGGGGUUCAGCAGCCACUUUCCCACUCUUUUUUGGGACUAUCCUUUUUGCCUUGACUGCUGUCGGAGUGGUGAUCGCCCUUGAGAACAACAUGAAAACACCUAAGGCGUUUGGCGCUCCAUGUGGAGUCCUCAAUACUGGGAUGUGCAUUAUUGUGAUUUUGUACGUGGCAGUGGGUGCUCUUGGUUACGUGUUCUGCGUGUCAGAAUGCAGUGACUCCAUCACGCUUGAUCUUCCACAUGGCCCCCUGGCUACGAGUGUGAUCAUCAUGUUUGCGAUCGCCAUCUUCAUCAGCUACGGUCUUCACUGCUACGUUCCGGUGGAGGUGGUGUGGAGGGGCUAUCUGCUGCCGCGACUGCAGCGUGCAGGCUCUCAACGGCUGCGGCUCUGGGAGUAUGCACUCCGAGUUUCUCUAUGCCUUAUCACAUUUGUGUUAGCUGUCGCCAUUCCACGGUUGGGCCUGUUCAUCUCUCUCUUCGGAGCUUUGUGUCUCUCCGCGCUGGGUAUCUGUUUCCCUGCCAUAAUGGAAAUCUGCGUGUCUUUCCCUGACAAGUUCGGACCAGGUCGCAUAAAACUCCUCAAGGACUUGUUCCUCUUCAUCGUUGGUAUUGUGGGGCUGGUAGCUGGUACCUAUACAGCCUUACUUAGUAUAAUCAGAUCCUUCCAACCACAAGCCACUGAAGCUCAACCACUUCACUCCUAAACAAUUAGCGUAUUGAAUGUGAGCUUGUGUCUGUAAGGGCACGCUUGCAUUUACCACCACGUUUCUCUACUAAAUUUUUACAUACUGCAAUAGAAUAUAUUUCAUUUUGAAGACAAACCCUGCUAUAAACAAA